AUGGCAUCCUCAAGCGACGUAGCCAACGCCACGACAGCGGCAUCAGCGGCGGCAGGCGGGACAUGCACGCUCCUGCUCUUCGCGGCGGCGUCGGCCUACACGGACGCCGAGUCGCUGACGCUGGCGGCGCCGACGACGCUCGGCGCCAUCUUCCGCACCCUCGACGCCCGCUUCCCGGGCUUCCUGCCCAAGAUCCUCGCCUCGGCGGCCGUCACGCUCAAUCUCGAGUAUGUCGACGUCGUGUUUCCUGAGAUGGGAGAGGCUGAAGGGGAGAGUGAAAACGAAGAGAGGUGGGAGAGGUGGCAGAGGGACUUGGAGGGCUGGAGUGUCGCCGUGCAGGUUGGUGAUGAGGUCGGGAUUAUUCCGCCGGUCAGUAGUGGAUGA